AUGCGCUGUGCAGGUGCUUGUUGCAAUAGUGACAAUAAAGGUAAAACUUUAAGACUUCAUACGUUUCCUACAGAUAGUGUGCCCAGGAAUCUGUGGAUAAUAUCCUGUUGUAGACAGGAUAAUUUUAAUUGCAAUACUGCAAGAAUUUGUUCCAAACAUUUCAAAACUGAAGACUUCCAAAGAAAUCUACAACAGGAACUAUUAAAUUAUGAAUCCAAAAAAGGUCCAAAACUCAAACCUGAGAUAGUACCUACACUGUAUCUACCUAAAUCUAAAUCCGUUACCCUUUCAGCCAUCCAAAAGAAACGGGUACAAAGAGCUGAACAUAGAGAGUCCAAAAAGAUUGUUGAGCAACUUCUGACUACUUCUGGGUCAACAACGCAACUCCAAGUUCGAGCUCAGGAAGAACAUUGUAGCCAAGGUGAUAUUCAAGAUGUACCAUCUACAUCUAAGUCAAUAGGUCUGCAUAUUGAGGACAAAACGUGGAAGCCUGAAGAGUUGAAUUUACAGCAGCAGCAGCAAGGUCUUUACGCUUUUAGAAAACUACCACAAGCUACAUAUCCAUUGAGACGUAUUCAGCCUACACCAUGGGUGCCAGCAACAACACCAGCGAGUAUGUGA